CUAACCGUCAGUCUACCAUUCAUUCAUCCGGUGCCGUUUGGGUUGGUACGUGUACCCAAAUACAACCGAUUUUAUUCCCACUUAAAGCUUGUAUUAAAAGCUCAACAACCCGAGGUGUAAACCAGCUGUCUGGCAACAACUUGGAAUCAUAACACAGCGUAGUUGCUGACAUUAAAGGGAGAAUUUAAGCCGUAGAAACGAAGAUGGAAGCCCAGCAAAUCAUCACAAUGUCUAUCAACAAGAUUACCGGUUCGCGUGGCCAGCGCGGCGGUGUGAAUCUCCGGAAGAAUCUGCUCGUGGCCACAGUGCUUCACUCAGCCCGGGCCAUGUAUUAUGAGGAAAUGUGCAAUAGGAUGGCCAGGAAUGCCGAGCUGCGCUCAAGGGAAAGAGAUACGAUUGUCGAUGAGGAAGAUGACGACUGCACCGAAGCCCCCGAUUGGGGAGACUCGAACAACUCUGAGGAGUCGUCGUCAUGCCAGCGCAUGGAGGCUGAAGCCACCGAGCUCCCCACGGAGGACAAAGAAAACUGCCGGCCCGUUCCCACCAAUGCCUCGUCCGUGCAGGCCAGGCUGGAGAAACCCCACACGGACAGUACUUCAUCCCCUAUGGUCGCUGACCAGAAGCAGGAGGAGUCGUCACCAGACAUUGAUCGGAUGGUGCUGGGACAAUUGAACACCAACUCGCCCCCGACCGGCUGUAAUGCCUGCAAGCGAAAGCGGUCAGAAUCGGCCGACGAACUCCGGGAAGCCUGCGAAUCCAUCCUGCCCAAGCGGGCCAAAUCGUCGGACUCGGAAUGCCAAACUGAGGAACUUACCUCGUCAGCGUCCACGCCAUCGGCAAAACAGAACUCGGAGGGGUCUAUUACGAGCUUGGUCAGCAUUUUCAAAUCUGGAUUCCACGGACUAUCGGGGGAGGCUAAUCCCAGCGGCAAAACCACGAACAUCGGGUCCAGCAACCACCUCCAGCAGUCGUCGUACGCAUCGUCCAUGCCCAGACCGUUCGAGCAGCUACAAAUGCCCAUUGCCGCUUGCUGAACAAAAAACUCUUGGAAUACCAAACUGUUGCUGAACUGUUGAUGUUCUCUGGUCAUCUAAAACAUGUUGAUUUGAUUGAUUUUAAUGAUAAUUUAUGAUUACUUUUGUGCCCUUGGAUUCAAAUUCAAAGGUUGAUGUUUUCUCGUACACAAAAGUACUGGCAUAUUUUCUCUUGCCUUCGAGAAUUUGACGAAGAGAAAAUAUGCAGCCAAACGCAUUAUCAUGCUGCAUUUUUCUCGGUAAAUCUCUGUAGUAUUUUUAUUGUGAGGUCAUUUAAUUUAUUCCAGCACGAUGAUGAUGCAUACAGUGUUAAAAAUUCACCACUGUUGACGUGGCACAAAGCGAACUCGACACUGCAUAUUUGUGUUAGCUAUGCAUGUGAUACACGUUUCUUUGUCUGGCGGGAAGUGGCUUUCUUUUCAACCCGGCGUGCCUGGGCCAACGACACAAUGGCCCCGGCACCCCACACAAAGGAGCGCUCGGCGUGAACGCCUAGUGUGUGGAAUUCUUUUUUUCGCGGGCAUCGGGGGUCAUGUGGAGGCUGGUAAUCACACCGCUCUGUGGCCUCGCCCUAGUAGAGCCCGCUGCGACAGGAAAUGCAAAAAGCCCAUAAAUUUCCGGUGUGCCGGCUCCGGCCAAAUAUCUGACAUGAUUAAUGAUUGUCAUUUCUUCAGUUAAUCAUUCCUGUCAUACUCAUCAAAUUCGGGAAACUAUUUGGCAGCGUUGGAAUUUCAUUGGUGUUUAUUCGACCUGACAGUUGUACAAAUUUUCCUCCAAAUUCCUUAAUCUGAAUCUAAUUAAUUUACGAUUUAUUUGUACCGUUUUGGGUUUUGGCACGGUUGAUGAAAUCGGUUGUUGAUUUGAAAGCCAAAUUUCCGCCUUUCCAAAGCCCUUCCCACUAGACAGGACAUACCUAUUUGUGUCAGCUUCCUCAACUGUGUGUCAGUGUUUCCCGUGGGUGACUUUUUUGUGCAAUAAAUGCCCACCCGUGAUAUGGAUAUUGCCAUUAUCUCUCAGCAUUCCCGCUAAUCCUGUCGGAUGUGCUGGCUGCAUGAUGUGGCCAUGUCUCACAUCCGGAAAGGAUGACGCGUAGUACAAUGUAUACGUGUACAUGUAUAAUUCAGUUAACUAACAGGCGUGCCAUUUUAAACGCAGUGAUGUCAUAAUCGAAUAACGCAUGCUCAGGUUUAACUUUGUUACAUGUGUACAUGUAUAUACAUGGAUUUGAACUCCCGAGACAAUUUAAAGCCCGAUUUUCAUCAACUUCGAUCCCUCAACCUCUGAGGAAACCCAAGUAGCUUGUAAGGGAACAAGAGUGAGCCUUGGCACGACGCCCACGCCUGAUGAUGAAAUACUGGGCCGCCAUAUGGUGAAAAGUUCGUGUUGUAAUUUUCCAUUCGUCGAAUACCAAGAACUCGGGUGCGGUGCAUCAUACUAACUAACGUAAAGGUUAGUGCGGUUGCGGAUUCCAAAGUCCAUGUUCGCAGUGUUCGGUCCGUCUUCUCAGCACUGUGUUUUAUCUGAGGGUUGGUCGAUGAAUCACUUGGGAUUCUUUCAAUUAUGUGUCGACACCAUCAUCACAAUAGUUAUUGGGAGAAAGUGUGUAAUCACUACCGAGUUGACUUCGCACCAAUUGUUAUGAAUCAUGAACAGCUGCACGACUGUUUGUGUUUAUUUUUUGUAAAUUAUCAUUAAGUAUAAUUGUAUGAGAUUGACAUUGAACUUUCAUUAUCAACAUGCCUUAGCAGACUUAAUGGAACAUCGUAUUGAGAUUGUAUAUAUUUUUGAAUUCAAAUACAUGUGGCCGGUUUUGCGGUCGGAAACGAAAUA